AAACUUGUAACCAGCAAAUCCACCACACAUCACCAUGAGCAGCUCUGAGGAAGUUUCAUGGAUCUCUUGGUUUUGUGGCCUGAGAGGCAAUGAGUACUUCUGUGAGGUUGAUGAAGAAUAUAUUCAAGACAAAUUCAACUUGACUGGCCUUAAUGACCAAGUGCCUCACUACCAGCAGGCUCUUGACACUAUUUUAGAUAUUGAGCCUGAAGUGGAAGAUCCACACCAAAGUGACCUGGUGGAGCAGGCGGCUGAGAUGCUCUACGGCCUCAUCCAUGCCCGCUACAUCCUCACCAACAGAGGCAUCGCUCAGAUGAUUGAAAAAUACCAAGCUGGCGAUUUUGGCCAUUGUCCGAGGGUCUACUGUGAGAACCAGCAAAUGCUGCCCAUCGGCUUGAGUGACGUGCCAGGCGAGGCGAUGGUGAAGCUCUACUGCCCAAGAUGUUGUGAUGUUUACACUCCUAAAUCGUCUCGUCAUAAUCACAUCGACGGCUCAUACUACGGCACGGGAUUUCCUCACAUGCUCUUCAUGGUGCAUCCUGAGUACCGACCAAAGCGUCCCAGCGUGCAGUUUGUACCUAGACUUUAUGGCUUCAAGAUCCAUACAGCUGCUUACAAACUACAAGAAAUGGCAGCUGCCAAAUCUCAAAAGUCAACAAAUCACAAUAACGUCAAGAGAUAACCGAUUAAUUACGUAGAUAUCUUACGUUGCGAGCUAGAGAAGAACAUCAAUACACAUAUGCGCUCAUUUUCUAGGGGUCUUCCGGGGGCUGUGUUCAUUUUCAGACAAAAGAAGAAUUCUCGGUCAUAUAGAUUGUAGGUACUACCUACCAAGCAUUUUAAGUUACAUUGUAGAUUCUACUUAGCUUUUCAUUUUGUGAUUAUGCAUCCCUUUAGCGCUGCUACCAGGUUAUAAAUGCAACCCAAAUGCUAAAGUUUGCUCUCAAUCUAAGUUUCUUGAAUUGCCAGUUAACGCCUAAAAUGCAUUUAUGAUCGUUGCUCAAGCAUUUUCAGUUUCCAAAUAAGUUACCCUUAUGAAUAAGUAAUUAUUUGCGUCUGUGUGGUAAUGAUUACAAUUGAUUCAUGCUUGGAAACGUGCGAACUUACUCAUUGUUUAUUUCUACUUUCAGACGACGUAGGUUAUUUGAUUUUAAGGUAAAAUUGUCUUGCGUACUUGCGUUUUGAUGUUAACGAUGUUUUUUCGUGUGACGAUGGCUGUAGCUCCUAAGGAGGUUUGCUCAAAUGAUAGCGAACUAUUAAGCAUCUGUGGAGAAACAGGGAAGUGUUGUGAGUUCCCUGCUGUGCUAGCUUGUGUCGAUAAUAACACUGUAUUGUUAUCAAUUUAUUAAGCUUAGCCAAGUAUGAUUAUUGUGCGUGUUCUUUUCUCAUGCUGGUGCUUCCUUGACAGCAGUUCAAGUUUUGAUACCGAUCUUAAGUUAGUUUCUCUCAGUAUUACCUCAUUAUUGAUAAGAAAACCGCUUGUAUGUUAGUCAUCGCAGUUUUUCUUUUGUAUUCAUAUUAAUUUGUUCAUUGGUUCUGGUCGUGUUCAACUUGCGUUAUAUUCUACAAGUCUGUUCAGUGGACAUGAAAUGCAGCAAUGGCGGAAACGAGUGCAAUAUCUCAUUUUCCUGCCUUCUAAUUUUGAAAUACGUGUAUUUUGUAUGGAAUUCGGUUAUCAGCUGGAUAAAGGUAAUUUUUUUUUUU